AUGGGAGUAAAUAUUGACGAUAAAGAACUGGCAAUGACACUCCUAGCGAGUUUGCCUGAGAAGUUUAAACCGUUAAUAACUGCCCUUGAUGCCGUUGGUGACGAGAAUGUAUCUUAUGAAAAGGUGAAAAACAUGCUUCUAAAUGAUAUUGAUCGUAGUAGUGAUGCAAAGGGUUCUGAUGAUGCAUUUGCUGCCAGUCGUGUCUGGAAUAAGAAAGGACAACAUAAUGGCAACUGGAAUAAAGAGAAGAAAAGAGUAUUUAAGGGCAAGUGCCAUAAUUGUCAGGAAAGGGGACAUUAUGCCCGAGACUGCCCAAAGAGAAAUGCUGACAGUGCAAAUCGAAAAGAAAGCAAGGGAUCAGCUCGCUGUGCUGAAAAGGAUGAUGGUGAUUUUAUUACUGAGGACGAAGCAUUGUUUACUUCUGAUCUAUUACAUAAUUCUGGAUGGAUUAUUGCAGGGAUGCCGGAAGAUCGAUAAUAGCGGGUGCAGAUAUUCAUAUAUUCGCGUUCUGCCCAAUUAAUUUCUUUUGAAAUCGAUUGUUUUUACAGUCUGUGAACACGAAUAUAUGAAUAUCUGCACCCGCUAUUAUCGAUCUUCCGGCAUCCCUGGAUUAUUGAUUCUGGAGCUACACAACACAUGACAUUUGACAAGAGUAAUUUAUCAGAUUAUGUAGAGUUCAAGCAACCGUGUAUUGUUAAUCUCGGGGACAAUCGUUCUAUAUUAGCUUAUGGUAAGGGAACAUAUCGUAUUGUUGCUGAUCUUGGAGACCGUGUUCAAAAUAUAAGUCUUCGUGAUGUGUUAUACUUGCCUGAUCUGGAAAAGAAUUUACUUUCUGUCCGAGCUAUGGUCAAGUUAGGAGCUAAUGUUAGAUUCGAAGGUGAGGGAUGCGAGAUUACACGAAAUUCAAAGCUAUUGGCUGUGGGCAAGAUGCAAGGAAAGCUUUAUAUGCUAAAGGUUGUUACAGUUGAUCAUGUAAACAUUGCAAAAGAGGAUUCAAAUUUAAAGUUAUGGCAUUAUCGCUAUGGUCAUUUGGGAAUGGACAAUGUAAAUAAGUUGAUGAAAGGUGAAAUG